AUGUGCACAGUAUCACGGGAAUCUGGAAUUGUGCAGAAGCUUGACUUCUCCAGUGGUGAGGAAGAGGACCGCAUAAGCAAUGAGAACAUGGAAGAUUUUCCUAAUUCAGAUGAGACUGAUGACAACCUGACGUGGAGGACCCAUAAGAGCCCCUACCCAGUCACUCCCCAGAGAAAUGAGAGGAUGCGCUCCCCUUUCCAGGAAGCCAGUCCUGACAGUGAUUGCUCCCCUCCUGCCAAGCUCUAUGCUGAGGAAGAAUGUCCUGGGACCCCCCUCCAUUACAGCACAUGGAAGAAACUGAAACUUUGCGAUACUCCAUACACUCCAAAGAGUUUGCUGUACAAGAACCUCCCAUCACCUAGUGCACGGGUACCCUGUAGGGGGCAGCGACUAUUAAGAUUUGCAGCUGGCACAGGUGCUGAUCUAGAAGACCCUGCGCUGGUCAACAUUAACCCUUUCACCCCAGAAACAUACAAUCGAAUGCAGCUUAACUCAAAUGGAAAGAGGAAGGCAGAACAAUGCAGUACUGAUCCACCAUUAAAAUACAGAGAGAGGGAAACUUCAGGACUUCCUUCAAAGAAGUGUGUGCUACGUGAAACAAACAUGGUAUCCCGCUACAGGACAGAAUUCCUGGAGAUUGAGAGAAUCGGCGCAGGAGAGUUUGGAGCAGUUUACAAGUGUGUAAAGAGACUGGAUGGCUGCAUCUAUGCCAUAAAGCGCUCAAAGAAGCCACUAGCAGGAUCCACAGAUGAGCAGCUGGCAUUAAGAGAAGUCUAUGCCCAUGCUGUACUGGGCCAUCACCCACAUGUUGUGCGAUAUUACUCUGCCUGGGCAGAAGAUGACCACAUGAUCAUACAGAAUGAAUACUGCAAUGGUGGAAGCCUGCAGGACCUGAUCAUGGAAAACAUGAAGAGCAGGCAGCUGGUGAUGGAGCAAGAACUGAAGGAGAUUCUUCUGCAAGUUUCCAUGGGGCUGAAGUAUAUACACAGCUCAGGCCUGGUGCACAUGGACAUCAAACCAAGUAAUAUCUUCAUCUGUCGGAAGCUGACUGAAUCGAGACAGGAGGACAGUGAUGGAGAGGAUGAGAUUGCCUCCACCAGCAUCCUGUAUAAGAUUGGUGACCUUGGUCAUGUCACUUCUAUCACAAACCCACAAGUGGAGGAAGGAGACAGCAGGUUCCUAGCCAAUGAGAUCCUGCAGGAGGAUUACAGCCAACUACCUAAGGCUGACCUCUUUGCUCUUGGCCUCACGAUCACUGUGGCAGCUGGCACCAGUCAUCUUCCGUGCAAUGAUAAGAGUUGGCACUAUAUCAGAAAAGGCAACCUGCCAGAGAUUCCCCAGUCACUCUCUCCUGCUUUUCAUGACCUGCUUAAGGCGUUGAUUCAUCCAGAUCCUGCAGCCAGACCCUCGACAGCAGCCCUGGUUAAGCAUCCCGUCCUGAGAAGAUCUUUUGGAAAAGCAGCCCAGCUCCAGAAACAGCUUAAUGUAGAAAAAUUUAAGACUGCCAUGCUGGAGAGGGAACUUAAAGCUGCGAAACAGGCCCAAAAUUAUGGAAAUGAUGAGUGCAAGGAUCUUCCUUCAAAGUCUGACUUCAUCUGCAAAAGCAAGAGGAGACUAGUGGGGGGGAAAAACACCCGGUCAUUAAGUUUUACCUGUGGUGGCUAUUAA